GCCCGGCCCCCGCCCGGAGCAUGGCCACGGAACCGGAGCGAGGGUGACCGCCCGCGGGGGACACUGUGCUGUGCCGCUGGCCUCGGAGGACUUUUACUAUAAUUAUCAUCAUUGUUGUUAUUAUUAUUAUUAUUAUUGGGUUUUUAAUUUUUUAAUUCUUUCGGGGGGCAGCGGUUUUUUCCUCCUCCUUCGGCGCGGUGGAAAACACACGUUUUAGACCAAAAUCCCAAACCAGCCCAUCCAUCCUCUUUGCUUUGCGCUUCGCAGCAACUUGGAGCCCGUUAAUUGCACUUGGCGAUGGAUGAGUUCCACCCCUUCAUCGAGGCGCUGCUCCCCCACGUCAGGGCCUUUGCCUACACCUGGUUCAACCUGCAGGCCCGCAAGCGCAAGUACUUCAAAAAGCACGAGAAGAGGAUGACGAAGGAUGAGGAGAGGGCGGUGAAGGAUGAGCUGCUGAGCGAGAAGCCGGAGGUGAAGCAGAAAUGGGCCUCGCGCCUCCUGGCCAAGCUGCGCAAGGACAUCCGGCCCGAGUGCCGCGAGGACUUCGUGCUCUCCAUCACGGGCAAGAAGCCCUCGUGCUGCGUCCUCUCCAACCCCGACCAGAAAGGCAAGAUGCGCCGCAUCGACUGCCUGCGGCAGGCGGACAAGGUGUGGCGGCUGGACCUGGUCAUGGUCAUCCUCUUCAAAGGGAUCCCGCUGGAGAGCACCGACGGCGAGCGCCUGGUCAAGUCGGGCCAGUGCACCAACCCCAUCCUCUGCGUCCAGCCCCACCACAUCAGCGUCUCUGUCAAGGAGCUCGACCUGUACCUGGCGUAUUUCGUCCGUGAGAGAGAUGCAGAGCAGAGCAGCAGCCCCCGGACAGGCAUUGGCUCGGACCAGGAGGACAGCAAACCCAUCACGCUGGAUUCAACAGACUUCCAGGAAAGCUUCGUCACCUCGGGGGUGUUCAGUGUCACCGAGCUGAUCCAAGUGUCCCGAACACCGGUGGUGACGGGCACAGGGCCAAACUUCUCCCUGGGGGAGCUGCAGGGCCACCUGGCCUAUGACCUGAACCCCUCCAGCACCGGCAUGAGGAGGACACUGCCCAGCACCUCCUCCAGCGGGAGCAAACGGCACAAGUCGGGGUCCAUGGAGGAUGACAUCGACACCAGCCCUGGGGGCGAGUACUACACCUCCUCCAACUCCCCCACCAGCAGCAGCCGCAACUGGACAGAAGACAUGGAAGGGGGCAUCUCCCCCACCGUGAAGAAGACAGAGAUGGACAAGUCCCCCUUCAACAGCCCAUCACCCCAGGACUCCUCGCCCCGGCUGAGCAGCUUCACGCAGCACCACCGUCCCGUCAUCGCUGUGCACAGUGGUAUCGCCCGAAGCCCGCACCCAUCAUCUGCGCUGCAUUUCCCCACCACCUCCAUCCUUCCCCAGACGGCCUCCACCUACUUCCCGCACACGGCCAUCCGGUACCCGCCUCAUCUCAACCCGCAGGACCCGCUCAAAGAUCUCGUCUCGCUGGCCUGCGACCCGUCCAACCAGCAGCCCGGACCGUUAAAUGGAAGUGGUCAAGUGAAAGUGCCCAGCCACUACCUGCCCACGCAGAUGCUGGCGCCGCCACCUCCCCCCGGCAUGCCCCGCUUGGCCGUCUCUCCUGACACCAAAUCCACCACGACAACUUCCGAGGGAGGGACGACCUCGCCGACAUCACCCACCUACUCUGCACCAGGCACGCCCCCUGCGAACCGUUCCUUCGUGGGAUUAGGACCAAGGGAUCCUGGGAGUAUCUAUCAGGCACAGUCCUGGUACCUGGGAUAACCACCGCCGUGCCGCCCCUUCGCCUCCCUUCUCCUCUGCUUUAGGCACCCCCAGAGGAACAUCCCCGUCCCCGAACACCAGGCCCAGCCUUGCGGUGACGACGGAGAGCGCGGCCUCACCACGACGACGACGACGACGACGACGACAAGCAAAACCCACACCCGAAGGAAAGAGCGAAGGAAAGGAAGAAGGAAAAGGGUCAAACUGUUUUAAAAUGUAAAAGAAACAAACAAACAAACAAACAAACCAACAACCCAUCCCAGGAGGACCUUUCCCCCCACCCCGGCGAUGCGCCAGAAAACAAAGAAACAGGAAAAAAAAAAAAAAAAAAAAAAAAAGAAAGAAAGAAAAAAACACUAUUAUUUACCCCGUCGGCCGGCGCCGCGCUGAGACCUGACACAAGUCGUGCCAGCAAUGCCUCCCGGAGCGGCUGCAGGGUCGCGGCGCCGAGCCCCGCCGGCCGCUCGCCGAAUAUGCAAACGGCUUUGACUCUCUCGUUCUUGCCUCUAUGUGAGUAAAAAAGAUCAAAACUUCCCCCGCCGACCCCCCCGGGCCCAGACUGUCGGGGGGCCCCGGGGCUGGGGUGGGGCGCAUCGGGGACCCUCUCCUGCUGCCGCAGCCCCGCGGAGCGGGUCGCGCUCGGGCCGGGUGAUGCUCCGUGCUGAGCGAGCGCCCCGGGGACGGUGACAUCGCGCUGCGGUGACACGGUGGCCGUUAUGCGGUGGCACGGAGACGUGGUGGCACGGUGGAUCGAGCGGGUGGCACAGGAGGAGGGGGCUUGUGACCACAGAGGGUCCACGGGCACGGCCAGCGAUGGUCGCGGUGCCGGUGGCGCCUCGGUUCCCGUGCGGACACGGUGUCGGGAUUCUCCCAGCACGGCCCCAAACGUCACAGCGGCGGUGGCGCCCCGAUUCCCUCGGGAACGCGGCACGGGGACUGUCGCAGCCCGGCCCUCACGGUUCCCGGGAGGCCACCGGAGCUCCGGUCACCAUCUCUCUGGUCGCCUUCCUCCCCCGGAGCUGCAGCGGGCCGGGCCCCGUGUGUCCCCACGCGUGUCCCGGUGUCCCCCGGCGUGUCCCGGUGUCCCCCGGCGUGUCCUCUCGCCAGGGGUAUCCGUGGGGCUGGGGAGGAGGGACGGGCGUCCGUGCGUUUGAGCUAUGCAUUCCUGUGGACAGGUACCAGGUGGGAGGCAGGAGAGGGUGCGCUCGUGUUGCACAUUUUGUAGGAAAUGCACUUUUAAGAGGGAAUCGUCAAAAAAAAAAAAAAAAAAAAGAAAAAAAAGAAAAGAAAAGAAAAGAAAACGGAAUCACGAAAAGAAGAGGAAGAGGAGGAGGAGGAGGUGGAGUCCUCGGCACUGGCUUGCCGGGACGGCUGGUUUGGGGUUUUUGGGUUUGGUGGUUUUGGUUUUUUGGGUUUUGGGGUUUUUUGGGUUUUUUUUUUUUUGUUUUGGGUUUUUUUUGUUUUGUUUUGGAUACAAAAGGAUGGAGCAAAGAAGCCUGAGCGACGGCGAGGGCAUAGCCAGCCCCCCGGAGCCCCUCGAAGUCCCCCGGAGUCCCCCGGAGCCCCCGGCCCCGCGUCAAGUGCCUGAACUGCGGCGGGGAGGGGUCCCGGCCCUCCCGAGGAGCCCCCGGCCGGGGGCAGCACGGGAGGAAGCGCUCGGCGGUCCCCGUCCCGUGCGGUGACAGCGUGGCCGGGAAGGGGACGCAGGGACGUGGCAGUGCCUUAGAGCAGAGGGACCCCCGCGACGGCCGAGGCGAGGAGGAGGAAGAGGACGAAGGUGCCUGUUGUCCCCAGCGAGAUGAGGAGACUGGUCCCCAAAGGAUCGCCGGCCCAGGGGACACCCGAAGGGUGGUGAUGGAGAGAAGCCACCGUGGGAUGUCCAGGAGCUGGGAGCCACCGAGGCCACCGUCGCUGCCCGCCUGGCCCCCUCCCCGGGCACCCAGCGCCGCCCCGAGGACCACCGGCAUCGCAUCCCCCAUCCCAGUGGCCCCCGCUUCCCCCCGCUUCCCUCCGCUUCCCACCCCCCCGGACGGCACAACGAGGCACCGGGGAAAGGGCUGACGCAGGAAAUCCCGGGAGACAGAAAAAUAAUCAAAAAGGACAAGAAAAGGAGAAAAAAACACAAAAAAAGAAAAAAAAAAGGAAAAAAAAAAAAGGAGCAACAACAAAAAAAGCGCUUGGCGGAGAGGGAAACCUGUUUUUUUAAAAAGAUCUGAGAAAAGAAACACAUGAAAAAAAGAAAAAAAAGACAAAAAAAAAAAAAAAAAAAAAGACAAAUAAA